AUGUUUGACAUUUUUAAAUGUCUACCCUUCAGUGCUGCUCAGGACCCGUCCACAUUGGAGUCCAGACUGAAUCGCCUGGAGUGCCACUUCACCUGGGGCCUGGAUUCCAGACGUUCCAAACUGAUCCAUCUUAGGGACAUGCUGGAGGACAUCGGCACCGAGGAGGGAAACCUCUGGUUGGGUCAUAUUAACAACCUGCAGGGUUUCAUCUGGUGUCAGCUCGGUGAUGAACAAAAGGCCCAGCGUUUCCUCAGCAAGGCCACCCAGACCUUCCGACAGCUGAAGAACACGGAUGAAGGUCCCUGGUUGGUGGUGAACUUUGGGAAUCUGGCCUGGCUGCACCACCUUCGGGGAGACGACGAACAGAGUCAGGAUUACCUGUCAAAGGUUGACACUCUGCUGAGGGAACACCCGUCUCCAUCCCAGGACGAGCUCCACCCCGAGAUCUGUGCAGAGAAAGCCUGGACCCUGAUGAAGUUUGACAAAGACAAGAAGCAGCAGGCUGCCGAUUACUUCCAGAGGGCAGUGGAGAUGCAGCCGGACAUGGUGCACUGGAGGACCAGCCGUGUUAUUGGGAGGGUGAGCGCUCACAAGCACAGUGACACGGACCUGGAUCAGGACAUCUGGGAGGAGAUGAGGGAGGCCAGGGAUCUGGAUCCAGAUGACACGUACCUCGCUGCCCUUGAGCUGCUCAUAAGAGCCAAGAAAGGAGACCAAGUCAAGGAUGAAGCUCGCAGGCUGGAGGAAAAGAUCUUACUGAAACCUGUUGGCAGUUACAGCGGCAUCAAGGUCCUGCUCUGGGUGUACAAACAGCUGGACGACAUCGAACAGGCCAUUAAUUUACAAGAGAGGGUCCUGAAGAGUCAUCCUGAUAUUCGAUACCUGAAGCUGUGCGCCGCACACUGCUACAGAUGGAGAAUCAUUUCCUUCAGGGACAGUCGUCCAAACCCAUUGAGAAGCAUGGAGGAACGAGCCAUCAGCCUGCAUGAGCAGGCGAUCGCUCUUUAUCCCGAUGGCCGUUCCUUCAGGGAGAAACUCCACCUCGCAGACAUAUGUGGAAAAACAGGCAGGGAUCCAUUGAGAGCAUAUCGGAUUUACCAGGAGCUGCUAAGGCUGGACCUGGGACCUGCAGACAAGCAGCAGCUCUGCCACCGCUACGCCAGACACUUACACUUCAUCUGGCGGGAAUCGGACAAGUCCGUCACCUACCACAUGAAGACAGCAGAGAUCCCUGUGGAGUCCUCCAUCAGGCAGAAAAGCAUCGGACAGCUGAAGAAGCUUAGCGAGCAACGCGGUUUCUGGAGGUCGGAAGAAAUCCGGAGGUUCCUGGAAACACUGCAGGAGGACCAGCCUGAGUGAGCUUUCAACAACAGCUAGAAAACAAUAAAGUGUGUUUCUCAUAACUGUAAAUACUCGUUAACAGGUGAGUUUAAUUAAUGUUCAGAUUAGAGAAGAGAUAUUUGGCUUUUUAAUUCACCUGCUACCAGAAAAUGCAUAUGUUGCAUAAAAGUAUGUUUCAGUGAUUUAAACAUGUUUGAAUAAAGUUUAAGAACUCACAAGUAACAAGAUAAGAUAAGAUAAGAUAAGAAAUCCUUUAAUAGUCCCACAGAGGGGAAAUUUGCAGAUUACAGCAGCAAAGGGGAUAGUGCAAAACACAAGAGGCAUCAAUAUCACACGGUAAUAAUAAAACACUAUAAACAGUAUAUACAAUAAUAAUAAGAAGAAGAAGGAGAACAAAAAUAAAUAAUAAGAAAUACUAGUAUGUAAAAAAUAAUAGAUGGAUAUUUACAGAUGUUAUUUACAUAAUUGCACGUUGCAGAGAAUGAUAUUGCACAUUAUUUUCCGGUAUGUAUAUUUAUUGUCAGGUUGUAUGUGGUCAACAGCUCGUUUCUUUGAUAAUUCGAUCGAUCGAUAGAUAGUACAUAAAUGUUACUUACUGCCAUGUUCUUCUACUUUGGAAAGGGGAACAGCUGCCCACCUUUGAAAUAUUCAAAGAACAAAUAAUACAAUUCCUCCCAUUGGAGAGGCUAACUCUCAAAGGACACGGCCGAGAACAAAUGUUCCGUGAACUGUGGUCUCCACUCCUAAAUCAAUUAGGGGGAGAAAAUAUGGACUGACAUGACUCACUAAAUGAGUUGACCAUUUGUCAAAAUGUUGCUAUUAUCUCAUGUAUUCACUGUAUAUAUAUUUACUGUAUUUAUUAACCAUUGUCUGCGUCUAAUUUUUGUCUGUGUUUGGAUGUUUUUU